UCCCUCACGUGUAUCCGCUCCAGGCCUGAUGGGGGCGCUAAUCACCCCUCGCUCCGACAAAACAGCCGAAGAACAACAUUGAGGCUCUUUUCCAAAUGGAUACUCACUCCCUACGUAGGCACACUGUCUACUGUGUUCAAUACCACUGGUACGUAGUGCACUCUGUUUAUAAUAACACGCAGCCAUUUGGGAUUCAAGCGUUUUGUAGUAGCGGCAUCAAAGCUGCCGUGUCCCGUAAUGUCCUUUAGCGAUGUCUACAGCCUCUAAAGUGGUUCUCGGGUUAUCCGUGGUACUGACCGUGGGCACCGUAGCGGGAGUGCACAUCAAGCAGAAUUGGGACAGACAGAGGCUGCGAGAAGGAGUGCUGCGAGACCUGGAGCGUGUGGAGAGGAAGCUCGAGAACCAGCGAGCCCUCGAGGAGCAGAUCCGCCUGACCACGGAGCUCGUGGCACACCGAGAGCGACAGGAAGCCGGCGAGACGGCCGGCAGCAAUUGA